AUGCUUACGGUGAAUCAUUGCUGCCAAAAUAUUGGAGCUCCUUGUACAGGAACAUAUGUUCGUCAUUGUUGUGGUAAAUUACGUUGUGAAUAUGACACAUUGGGCUUUGGAAUUUGUCAGAAAUUCAGUGCUGCACAAACUACUGUAAAUUUUUUGUUUGCCUUUGACCAUUGCAUUGAUCACAUAAUAAGAAAGCCAACACACAUAGAAGUAAAGAGUAAAUUCUUGGCGAACAUCAAGUCUUUUCCUAGCAUUUAUACAAACCAGACUUUCAAAAUCGAUUUCUUUUUCUAA